ACCAGCCAGGGCCAAAUUGGCCCAGCCAGGCUGGCCCGUCUAGGAGCGACCGUUCCGUUCCUUCUCGAACGGUACGUCUCAGGUGACGGCUAUUCUAGUAGCAAGUCACGGCGGGGCGGGCAGCGGCACUGUGAGUGACUUUGGAGGGGUGGCCUCGCCCGUAGUGGCCGCCUGCCGCCUGCCCGCCUGACUAAGUCGGCUGCGGGCGUGGGUGGCACGGUGGGUCCACAGUACCACAGCCUGCCCGUCUGGCCUGCUGGCCCGUUUUGUUCUCUCUUUUUUCAAAGAGUCUCCAAUUUUCUGCCUGGGAACAAAAACGUGCCUCCUCUUCCCUCCUCUUCCCCUCGCACACACCACUCGACUUCUCAACUCAUCAUCCAUCGCACUCCCACACCUGCGCUGGUAGUUUUCCCAUCAACCGCCACGACAGCCCGCAUCUGCGUCGGAUUGAUUCAUCGAGGCAUUCCCACCCCCAUCACUGCCGCACAGCUCCGUCUCGGCCCCCUCGCCUGAACCCAAGCCAGCCCCGCCACUCCCGAAGCCUGCUCCCUACGAGUACGGUCAUUCCUCCUCGCAGCCACAGCCCGAGUCAUCGUCGGUCCUGCUCCGCUCUCCCUUGGCUCUUCACCGACUGUCAACAGUGACAAGUCACUCAUCGACGCUGCAAACUCAUCCCCUCUGGAGGAGUCGUCGAGAAACCCCCCUCAACACCCCACGUCUCAGGAACAAGACACAGAAGCUGUUUAUGUAUCAGCACGACAAAAUUCCCGUCCACCGACACUCCGACCCUCCCCUCAAGCUACAGCUCUUUCGCAACCCGCGGAAGCCUUGUAGCCCCAAUCCCAGCCCCGACGGUUGAGCAGAAUAGACAACAAGCGCCCGACGCAUUCAUGUUCAUGCCUACCUACCAGCCUAACAUACAGGUCUGUCCUAUGUUGAAGCAAAGCCCCGUCUACCAUUAACGCCUUGGCUCGCUCUGCCCGCCAUCUCUUCGUCUCCUACUCGCCUCCCCAGCGCAGGAUUCAUGUCACCUCAGUCUAUACAAGUCCAAUAACUUGGUUCACUUGCCGCUCCCACCGCCUCGAUCUAAAAAUCACCUCUCGUCUAUCCCUAGAAAGCCAAAGUUCUACCGUACAGUCGUCAGACUCUAUCCGCAACCAUGGCUCCCCUUCUCAACGUUCGCCGCGAUGUCAGCGACCCCUUCUAUCGCUACAAGAUGGAGCGCCUUCAGACAAAGGUCGAGGGCAAGGGCAACGGUAUCAAGACCGUCAUCGUCAACCUGAGCAGCGUUGCUCAGUCCCUCGCCCGCCCCGGCUCCUACCUGAUCAAGUACUUCGGCUUCGAGCUUGGCGCCCAGACCAACAUCGAUCCUAAGGAUGACCGUUGGAUCAUCAACGGUGCCCAUGAGUCUCCCAAGCUCCAGGACCUCCUUGAUGGCUUCAUCAAGAGGUUCGUCCUGUGCCACAAGUGCAAGAACCCAGAGACCGUCGUCAACAUCAAGGAUGGCCACAUCAUCCUUGACUGCAAGGCCUGCGGCCAGCGCUCUGACGUUGACCUGCGCCACAAGCUCAGCGGUUUCAUCCUGAAGAACACGCCCAAGAAGGGCAAGAAGGACAAGGCCGAGCGAAAGGCUGCCCGCAAGGCCAAGCAGAACGGCCAGGCCAACGGCAACGGAAGCGGCAGUGGCGACGAUGACAACUCCAACCACUCCGGCGAGAAGGAGAACUUUGAGGACAGCGGUGAUGCCAACGGCGAGAUCGCUAGCGACGAUGACGCCUUUACCCGCAAGAUCAAGACUGAGGCUCAGGAGAUCGAGAAGGUCGAGGUCAAGGAAGACGAAUGGGCGGUCGACAUGAGCGAGGAGGCCGUCAAGGCCCGACAGCAGAACCUUCCUGGCGAGUUCAAGCAGAAGCUCGUCCUCAACGGCGAGGACGAGGACGAGGAGGGCGAGGGCGGUGGCAACACCGUCUACGACCAGCUCGGCGACUGGAUCCAGGAGCAGGCCACCGAGAAGGGCGAUGUUGACAAGGUUGAAGACCUGAGCAUCUACGUCAAGGCCAAGGAGCUCGGCAUUGAGAGCAAGCAUCGGACCGUCCAGGUGCUGGUCAUGACCUUGUUCGAUGACCGCAUCCUUGCCCAGAUCCCCAAGCGUGCUAGCAUGCUGCACAACAUCAUCGGUGAAUCCGAGCGUCACCAGAAGGCUCUCCUGGGCGGCACCGAGCGCCUCAUCGGUGAGCGUAUCGCCGGUCAACCCGAGUUCAUCGACAAGAUUGUCAAGAUUCUUGGCCUGUACUACCAGCAUGACCUCGCCUCUGAGGAAGUCAUCACCAAGUGGGGUGGCAAGGCCAGCAAGAAAUACGUCGACGUGGCCACUUCUCGUAAGAUCCGCAAAGCCUCGGAGCCCUUCCUCAAGUGGCUCGAGGAGGCUGAGGAGGAGGACUCCGACUCCGACGAGUAAGGCCUCAUCUGCCUGUCUUGUUUCCUUUCGGCUGGGCGGGAUGAAUUGAUCAUCGGUCCUGCGAGGCACUCUUCACAGUGUUUAUGCAUUCUGGUUACAUUGGAAUAGUUCAGUUGCCACCAAACAGAUUGACACCCAACGUGGCUUAUCAUUUUCGUUUCGUUCGCGGGGAACGGUUUCCGUGGGCUACACAAAAUUUCAUGCUGAAUCUGGCAUUAUUAGGUAGUUUUGCGAAAUAUUAACUCGCCACUCUGAAAAGUCUUGUUCAUACUCUGGUCACUCCGACUGCCUGCCUGCAAGUGACCUGACCUUAGUCACAGAGACCGUUGAAGGCCAGGCCACAAGCCAAUGGGCCCGCCACGUGUGUGUGCCGUUGACGGAGCCGUGGUCGGCCUACUUGCUAGCUUGGAGGUACGGCCCGACGAAUGGAUACAGGAGGCCAAAGAGCCGGUGUCGAAAUUUGUCCCACAGGACUGGACUGGACUGGACUGCUUGAAUGGAUAGAUUGGCCAAUAGGAACCACGACUUCUAGUUGGAUCGGGAAAGAAGAAUUCUCUAAUCAAACUCCGUAGUGCCUACCUAGCUGAAAGAUAUGCAAGCUAGCUAGCCACGCGGCUCUGCUUGUCAAUCUCGGCUGGAAAACUUCCAACUAGUAACGGUCCAUGGUUCCUAAUUGGUGUUCUUCUCAUGGGCGCAACUUGAUACGGAUCAGUCACAUCCUUGCGAUCG